GGUUUUUCUUCAUGCCAGUUUCCGAUGCCUGGGCGGUUUCGAGACCUUGAACGCAUUGGUCCGUCACUCCUGUGACUUGUCAAUUGCACAAUACCUGGUUCGCCAAUCUAGGCGAAGAAGUCCAGGGCAAGGGGCAAUGAGGCAAACUAACACGGUAGGUACCUGUUUAAAAGAGGAAUGUGAAUUGACCUGGGACGACUGAAAGGUAAAAUGAUGAUGCCAACGGUUAUCGGAGCGAGGAGAAAAAAACAAUGAGAAGAAAAAAAAACGACAAGCAAACCUUUUUCCGUGUCCUCUCUGGGCAGACAAACACCAAAUCCCGAUGCAGACCAGACAGGGGUCCUCGGCUGAUGCUAUGGAGAACUUCUCUGACGAGACGCAGAAGCAACUCGCCCAGACCCGGCCGAGAGGCCGCCCGUUUCGUCAAGCCUAGAGACAGAACCACCAACUGCAAAUUCGGGGUAUUGUAUAAUGGGAAAAGG